GAACGCACCAGCAGCACGCGCACACCUCUCAUUUGACCCUUUCUGUCUUUAUUUACCUGUCCGCUCACCUGUGAGGACACAUGUCUCAGAUCCACCAUGCGAUUCUGGACCAGCAGCAGCCGGGCCAGUACAACCAGAUCUGCACCCGCAGCAGCAGCUCGACCCCGGCCGCCGCCGCUGCCGCCGAGGGAGCAGAGCCGUCCCCCUGCCCCGGCCAGAGAAGCCGGGCCCCCCGUAAGAAGUGGCAGGUGUUCCCGGGGAGGAACCGGUUCUACUGCGACGGGAGGAUCAUGAUGGCGAGACAGACCGGGGUGUUCUACCUGACCCUGGUCCUCAUCCUGCUCACCAGCGGCCUCUUCUUCACCUUCGACUGUCCCUUCCUGGCGUCCAACCUGAGCCCGGUCAUCCCGGCGGUCGGCGGCGUCCUCUUCGUCUUCGUCAUGGGGAUGCUGUUCAGGGCGAGUUUCAGCGACCCCGGCGUCCUGCCACGAGCCACGCCGGACGAGGCCGCCGACCUGGAGAGGCAGAUUGACUCGUCGGGCUGCUCCAGACCUCCUCCUCGCACCAGAGAGGUUCUCAUCAACGGGCAGACGGUCAAACUGAAAUACUGCUUCACCUGCAAAAUCUUCAGGCCGCCGCGAGCGUCUCACUGCAGCCUGUGCGACAACUGUGUGGAGCGUUUCGACCACCACUGUCCCUGGGUGGGGAACUGCGUCGGACGGAGGAACUAUCGCUUCUUCUACCUGUUCAUUGUGUCGCUGUCCUUCCUGACCAUCUUCAUCUUCGCCUUCGUCAUCACACACGUCAUCCUCAGAUCCAACCGGACGGGUUUCCUGAGCGCGCUCAAAGACAGUCCGGCCAGCGUCCUGGAGGUGGUGGUGUGUUUCUUCUCCAUCUGGUCGAUUGUCGGUCUGUCGGGGUUCCACACCUACCUGAUCAGCUCCAAUCAGACCACCAACGAAGACAUUAAAGGAUCCUGGUCCACAAAGCGAAGUAAGAAUAACUACAACCCCUACAGUUAUGGGAACAUCCUGACCAACUGCUGCGCUGCUCUGUGUGGACCUCUGCCCCCCAGUUUGAUUGACAGGAGAGGUCUGAUCCGGUCUGACACGCCACAGACCACCUCCCAGUCCAACGGGACCAGCACCAGCAGCUACGCCUCCACUCAGCUCCACAGUCACAUGUGUGAUCAGGAUCAGUGUAUCCAGAGCACCAAGUUCGUCCUCCAGGCAGCAGCCACCCCUCUGCUCCACAGCGACCCUGUGGUUCUGGCCCCUCUGCCAGGGAAGACCACCACCCUGGGGGGCCCCUGCGCCUACCUGGCCCCCACCCAGCCGUCCCUGCCGUCCUGUGGGGGAGACGUCUUGACCCUGAGGGACGCCACCAUCGACUCCCACUGCCACCACCACCACCACCACCACCAUCACCAUCACCAUCACUUUGUCAGUCCGGACGAGACGCCGUGCACCACGCCACAGGGUGCCUUGCCCUGCCCCGCCCACCUGCACCUCCACCCCCAACCCCACCCACCUGUCCCCACCCCUGCCACCCUCUAUGACCCUGCCAGUCAGGACGCUCUGCACGAGGACUCCGUCAGAGGGCUGGUUAAACUGAGCUCCGUCUGAACCGGACUGACCACCUCAGUUUGUUUCCAUCCUCCUGAUCUGACACACAUUUUCCAUUUGUGCAUAAAAACUGAAGUGGAUGGAAACUCGACUGAUGACGUGACUGAGUCCAUCUUUCCAGGUCGAAGGCUUAUUCCACCUUUGCACCACCCGUCACACUUGUAGUCCUAAAUGAAGUUGUGGAGUAUAAAAUACUAAACUGCUUUCUGAAAGGUAAACGAGGAAAAGUAGAAAGCCUCAAAAAUUUCAAAACUACAGCAGAAUUUCACAUGGCAGUCAAAACUCUGGUCUGCAAACAGGCGACUUCUCUCUUCACAGAAAACCAUUUGGUGGUUUUUAAAACCCUCUGCAGUUCACUUUGGUGAAUUUCUGCUAACCGUCUCUGCAUUCAUUCAGCAGCUAUAAAAAUGAAAAGUCUUUAGUGAUAAUGAUUCAAAGUUUUACCAGUUGUAAAAACUAUUGUCUGGUUUUUGACGCACAGCAGGGAAAAUGCUAGAAAUGAAACUCUAACAGUCUGUUUACAUUUAA